GUUUAGAUCUGAAGGAACAUGGAGAAGGACGGAGUGGUUCGACAUGCGGAUGAGCAGUGCGUGUAUUCUUGUCACCAAUGAUGCCAGGCACGACCUGAAAACAACACCUGCCAGUUUAACUUUGCUUUUUGUCUCCGACACCGGCUGAUGAACCGUUAACUUUGUCAACGAAGCGUUCCGAGUCCGCCGGCUGGAGGAAGAUGUAGGGCGCAAUUCAUCCAGGCAUCGAAGAAGGAGAAGAAGAAACAAAGGCUGCCGAAGUGAUGGUGCCAGACAACAAAAGAUGCUCGCCGUUCCAGCUCUUGUCCCACCUGGUUCGUGGCUAAACCUCAUUGACUCCUUUAAAUGUUGAAUUUCCAAACCGUCGAUGCCUUUUUUAUGAGUUCAAUUGAAAGCACAGGUCCUCGCUCUGGACUUUAGGUGUGACAGGAGGGUUAUCACCUCAGCCUGUGCUGUUUUUGUUUUUCUGAGUGGUAUUUGUGCGACUCACGUUGGUCUGUGGAGGUGAUGGCUCCGUGUUCGCUGGAUGGAGGUUCACCAGUAUGUGAUGAAUGCCAGCCUUCCAGACCUGACAAAACAAUAACAUGCACCCACCAUGGAGAAAUGAAUCACCACCAACUUCGGAGUAUGAUGCUGCCAUUUGACUCACCAGGAGAGCAACGCUGCUGAAGAAUGCUCAAAUAUCGGAUCAGGCUGUUUUUUAAUGAACUUAAAGUUUUGCUCCUGAUGCGUUCCGGAACCAGUGGCAGGACCCAACCUGGGACGGAGCCUGGUUCCAGUGGGAGCGAGCUCGGGCUCGGGGGUUGCGGCUGGCCCCCUCUGAGUUGCUCUCAAAGCGAUGACGCCGAGGAAUAUUAUGGUUCUGAGUCCAGGCCGAGAAGCCUUGCCUUUGAGGACAAAGAGAGCUACCAGAGGAGCUUGGAGUCAGCUUCACUGCCCAGUCUGGCUGAGAGCGGAAGCAGGUCGCCCCAGUGUCGGAUCUGCUUCCAGGGACCAGAGAAGGGGGAGCUGUUGAGCCCAUGUCGAUGUGCCGGGUCGGUUCGCUGCUCUCACCAGACCUGUCUGAUCCGCUGGAUCAGUGAGAGGGGCUCCUGGAGCUGCGAGCUCUGCCUUUUUAAGUACCAGGUCCUGGCCAUCAGCACCAAGAACCCGCUGCAGUGGCGGACGAUUUCUCUGACGGUGAUCGAGAGGGUGCAGAUCGCGGCGAUCGUCCUGGGCUCCCUGUUCCUUCUGGCGAGCAUCUCCUGGCUGGUGUGGUCUUCACUCAGCCCGUCAGCAAAGUGGCAGAGGCAGGAUCUCCUCUUCCAGAUCUGCUACGGCAUGUACGGCUUCAUGGACAUAGUCUGUUUGGGCCUUAUAGUACACGAAGGCUCUUCUGUGUACCGGAUAUUCAAGCGAUGGCAGGCAGUGAACCAGCAGUGGAAGGUUCUGAACUAUGACAAGACGAAAGACUUUGGCGACACGCUGGGCUUCAGUGGCAAGAGUGUGGAGGAGAGGAAUUCCCCGCGCGUUGCCAUAAAUGCUGAUCGAAACAUGAGCCGUCACGUCAGGACUUUUCUGAACCAGCACUGUGCUUAUACCAUCCUACACAUCCUGAGCCAGCUGAGGACAAACAACCUUCACAGCAACAACAGUGAGAUGGUCAUGAGAGUUACCACUGUCUGAGCGCGACUUCAGCCUCGCCUGAGAUCCAUCCAAUCCAAAUUCUACUAUCUUCUCCACCAUGUUCGUCGGAAAAGAUAUUUGGAUUCGGACUUCGACUGCAGCUUUAUAUCUUCAAGGUUUCUACUUCCACGUUACUGCUCUUCUUUUCUAUGGAAACUGAAUUAAAUUUGAUACUUAAGAUGAUGCCGCUGAUCCUGAUUUUGUGAUUGUAACUAAAUAAAAGUUUCAUGUUUCCCUCACUGUCCUAAGAGUAUGAAACUGUUUCUUUUGUUUAUUUUCUGGAUCGUUUGUUGUUCUC